GUUUGACAAACCCAGGGGGCCGCAACUGCAACUCCACCCCAUCCCAUUCUUCCAGAGGGUCGGAACACAACCUUCGCGAAGCAUCGCCGACCAUACCCCAGAAGCGACUCCAGCGCACGAUCCACCCUGGGUGUUGACGUAUAAAUAUAGGCCCGCCGCUCAUCAUGCUGUCCGCAAGGUCUGCCCGAACCGCAGCCAAACCAGUCACGCUCGCAACUCGCACUUCCGUGGCAUUCUCCUCAUCCAGAAAUAGCAGCAGCAUUGCCAGGCCUUUGGCAAACCAGCGCCGUCAUCAUGGCGUCACCAUCCCAAAGCACACGGCAGCGGCAGCAGCAGGAACGCCUCGCUUGUUCCACAGCAGCGCUAAAGCCAUGGGUGGCAUUCACGAAGACGUCUCCCCCGACCAGUUCAAGCAGCUCGUCCUCACCGAGGGCGGCGCAGAGACGGAGACGGUCCUGGUAGACUUCUUUGCAACCUGGUGUCACCCAUGCAAGCUGCUCGCUCCCACCCUCCACAGGAUCGCAAGGGACCCGGAAUCACAAGUGACACUCGUUUCAGUAGACAUAGAUAAGUAUCAGGAGCUCGCUGGCGCGUUCCGCAUUUCCGCCGUGCCCACCGUCAUUGGCUUCCACAAGGGCAAGCGCGUCAAGCAAUUCAGUGGUUUCCUGUCAGAGGAUGUGAUAAGGCAAUUCAUCGCAGCGGUCAAAGAAUGAUGCGUGCGACCAACCUCAAGAGCAAAACCUAAUGCUUUGUCUAACGUUGUUGUACUCUUAGCUGGGCUCGCUCUAAAUGGGUGUUCUCAUACAUCUCUCAUUCUCCAUCUUUGCGCACCCACUUGCUUGCAAAUACGAGGUACACUAACUGCAUGUACGCUGACGAACAUGCAAGCCCCUUUUGAUCGCUCUCGCAGCUCUCGAUUUCAUCAAAAUUGAGUGCGAUGCAUCGUCUUGUAAGCGUAACUCUGGCUGAG